CGAUUCAAUUCAUAUUGUAUGUGUUGAUCAAAAUGUGGGUUUUGGUGAUUCAUCGUGAGUUGUUAUGAUCGGAUUUUGGUUUCGAGGGUUAGGAAUCAAAAUCAACGACUAACAAAAUAAAAUAGCAAUCAAAAAUCAAAAUAGAAGAAAAUGAAUAUAAAAAAAAAAAUUAAAAUAAAGGAAAUGAUCAAAUGAACACAACCUUCGAAGCAAAAACGGUCACUCUCACAAGUCUAAACCACCAUCUCUCUCUAAGAAUUUACGGCGACGGAGAGGGGCGACCACCACCGCGUCGAGGGAAACACUCUCCGCUAUCGAUUUUGACCACCGUCGCUCCCUAAAUGACUUAACAUUCGAUACUCACCGAUCUGCAUCAGAUUGAGAUUUGCUAUGAUUUUUCCUUGAGAGAUUUUUCCUUCCUCGAUCUGAAGUCCGAAUUGCACCGGAAGACAUGUAAUUGACGAAAAAAAUCAUGACAGCUAUCUUCUUAUUUUUCCAUUCCACAUAAGUUCAUAUUUUCCUUUACGUAGCCAUGAGUCUCCAUCUCACAGACAUCUUCUCGACUCCUUCUAGAAAUUCAGAAUGAAAUUAGGAGAUUGAUUGAUAGAUAAUCCAGUCAUUUGGUGGAUCUUGUCACUGGAUCUGUAUCGUGUAUUUGACAAAGCUCCAUAAUCUUUAUCGAACCUUAUACCCAUUUUCACACCUGCAAGUCUUCAUUUUCAGCUGUAACUUGUUCUAUUGACUGAAUAAAAUGGCGGAGGCAGCAACAAACGAUCUGCUUAAACCUGAAGGCGAAACCACAGAUGCUAGUAAAUCUGUUUUUAAUUUAGGAGCUGUUGUUGGUGAUUUAACCAUUGAAGAAGAUGCAAGCAGCAAUGAUAUAUCAUUGGAAGGACUACAACAGGAGCUUGAAGAGUGCAAAGCCGAUGAGGUUGUUGCAAACAUAUUAUCAAAAGGUGUGAAACUGAGGGAGUAUACUAAGGGAGUUGAAAACAAUUUACGCCAAGUUGAAUUGGACUCUAUUCAGGAGUAUAUAACAGAGAGUGAUAAUCUAGUGUCACUACAUGAUCAAAUUCGUGAUUGUGAUGUUAUUCUUUCACAAAUGGAAACUCUGCUUGGUGGAUUUCAGGUUGAGAUUGGUUCUAUUAGUUCAGACAUAAAGAUUCUUCAGGAGAAAUCAUUGGAUAUGGGGCUGAAGCUGAAAAAUCGCAAGGUGGCAGAAUCAAAGUUAGCAAAAUUUGUUGAAGACAUCAUUGUCCCACCAAGGAUGAUAGAGAUAAUUGUUGAUGGAGAGGUCAAUGAGGAAUACUUGAGGACUCUUGAGAUCUUGAGUAAGAAGCUGAAGUUUGUGGAAGUAGAUUCCAUGGUUAAAACUUCAAAUGCUUUAAAAGAUGUUCAACCCGAGUUAGAAAGAUUGAGACAAAAAGCAAUUUCAAAGGUAUUUGAAUUCAUGAUUCAGAAGCUUUAUGCUUUGAGAAAACCUAAAACAAAUAUCCAGAUUCUUCAGCAGAGCAUCCUGUUGAAAUAUAAAUAUGUAAUUACAUUUCUCAAGGAACAUGGAAAGGAGAUUUAUAAUGAAGUUCGUGUAGCAUAUACUGAUACAAUGAACAAGGUGUUAAGUGCACACUUUCGUGCUUAUAUUCAAGCAUUGGAGAAAUUACAGCUGGAUAUAGCGGGUCCCACUGAUUUGAUAGGUGUAGACACCAGAAGCACGAGUCUUUUUUCAAGAGGAAGAGAGCCUUUGAAAAAUCGGUCUGCUAUUUUUGCUCUUGGAGAUAGGAUAAAUAUUCUCAAGGAAAUUGAUGAGCCUUCAUUAAUUCCACAUAUUGCUGAAGCAAGCUCCAAAAAAUAUCCAUAUGAAGUCCUCUUCAGAAGCUUGCAUAAACUGCUUAUGGACACUGCUACUUCGGAAUAUGUUUUCUGUGGGGAUUUUUUUGGAGAAGAAUCUGUAUUUUUAGAUAUAUUUUCAGGGCCAUUUACUGUAAUGGAUGAGCAUUUUGGUACAAUUCUUCCAAAUUGCUUUGAUGCAAUUGGUAUAAUGCUUAUGAUCCGCAUCACACACCAACACCAGCUCAUAAUGUCUAGGAGGAGGAUUCCGUGUCUUGAUUCUUAUUUAGACAAGGUUAAUAUAUCAUUAUGGCCACGUUUCAAGAUGAUAUUUGACAUGCACAUCAACAGUCUGAGAAAUGCAAAUGUGAAAACAUUAUGGGAAGAUGAUGUGCAUCCACAUUAUGUCAUGAGGCGUUAUGCUGAAUUUACAGCUUCACUUAUUCAACUUAAUGUUGACUAUGGUGAUGGCCAGCUUGAUCUGAAUAUGGAAAGACUGAAAAUGGCUAUAGAUGACUUGCUUAUUAAGCUUGCAAAAACCUUCACAAAGCCAAAACUGCAGACUGUGUUUCUUAUCAACAACUAUGACAUGACAAUUGCAGUUUUGAAGGAAGCGGGUCCCGAAGGUGGGAAAAUUCAGCUCCAUUUUGAAGAACUUUUGAAAAAUAAUACAGCUGUUUAUGUGGAAGAAUUGCUGGUGGAACAUUUUGGCAAUCUCAUCAAGUUUGUAAAAACCCGAGCAUCAGGUGAGGAGGGGAGUUCGGAUAAAGCAGCAAUCACGGUUGCAGAAGUGGAGCCGCUGGUGAAAGACUUUGGAAGCAGAUGGAAAGCAGCAAUUGAGUUGAUGCAUGGUGACGUCAUCACUUCAUUCAGCAACUUUCUUUGUGGGAUGGAAAUAUUAAGAGCAGCUUUAACACAGCUGUUGCUGUAUUAUACAAGACUCUCUGAUUGCAUGAAGAGGAUUGCGGGUGGCUCUGCUCUUAACAAAGACCUUGUUUCCAUAUCAUCCAUAAUGUAUGAAAUCAGAAAGUACUCCAGGACAUUCUAGAACAAACAUAUCAUCAUUCCUUCAUUGAUUUCUAAACAUUUUUAAGGAUUCACUUGCUUUUUUCUCUUUUUUUGUCCAUUUGUAUGUCAUAUUGUGAUGUCAGAAUUCAGAUGAGGUUUUUUGAUAAAAUAAGAUAAUUGUGGAUUUUUUUUA